GUCCCUCUCCGCGCCCCGUCCGCCGCGAGGGUUGCUGGGUAACGGCAAGAUGGCGGCUGUGGCGCUCCGCUCCCGGGCUCCCCGCGGCCUCUUGCUGCCAAGGGCAGGGCCUGGCACCUCUGUGUUAGCUGCAGCACCAUCCGUGUUGCAGCAGCACCGCCAAGUUCAUCAUGCAGUGGUCCCUCGUGGAAGAAGUGGAAGAUCCUCUGUUAGUGGCAUCGUGGCCACUGUCUUUGGGGCCACAGGUUUCCUAGGACGAUACGUUGUCAACCGUUUAGGUCGCAUUGGAUCUCAAGUGAUCAUCCCCUAUCGCUGUGAUCAGUAUGACCUCAUGUAUCUGCGGCCCAUGGGUGACCUGGGGCAACUUCUCUUCUUAGAGUGGGACUGUAAGGACAAAGACUCCAUCCGAAGAGCCCUGGAACACAGCAAUGUGGUCAUUAAUCUUGUUGGAAAGGAAUGGGAAACAAAAAACUUCUCAUUUGAAGAUGAAUUUGUAAAUAUUCCUAAAAGCAUUGCACAGAUAGCUAGGGAAGCUGGUGUGAAAACAUUCGUUCAUAUUUCUCACCUGAAUGCUAGCAUGAAGAGUCCUUCCAAAUACCUCAGGAAUAAAGCUGUUGGAGAGAAAGUAGUGAGGGAAGAAUUUCCAAAUGCUAUCAUUUUGAAGCCGGCUGAGAUGUUUGGGAGAGAGGACCGAUUUCUCAAUCAUUAUGCAAACAUGCGCUGGUUUGGUGGUGUGCCUCUUAUUGCUCUGGGCAAGAAGACAGUGAAGCAACCAGUAUAUGUGGUUGAUGUAGCAAAGGCAAUUAUUAAUGCAAUUAAGGAUCCUAAUGCUAAAGGACAAACAUACGCCUUGGCUGGACCUAACAGGUACCUCCUUUACGACAUGGUGGAAUACAUCUAUGCAGUUUCAUUUCGAACCUUUAUUCCCUAUCCACUUCCUCGCCCCCUCUACCAUUUAAUUGCAAGAUUCUUUGAGAUGAAUCCGUUUGAACCAUGGUUAACACGAGACAAAGUGGACCGGUUUCACAUAACAGACAUGACACAUCCUGACCUUCCUGGUUUUCAAGACCUGGGUAUUCAGCCAGCAUCACUAGAACAAAAGGCAAUUGAAGUUCUGCGCCGCCACCGCAGAUUCCGCUGGUUGGAUGCUGAGCUUGAGGAAGCAAAGCCAGCUAAGACAUAUCCCAUGUAACAGCUGAUAAGGUGGUUACUUAGUGAUUCUUAAACUGCCUUGUUAUCACCCAAUUUGUCUGGAGAACUGUGUACAUACUGAGUAAAAUACAUGAGUUAUAUAAAUUACA